UUCGUUAGAUUCUCGGAACGUAAGCAUCUCGCCAAAUAACCACCCCGAAGUACGCGUCGCACUCAGUUCUUCAAGUAACAGUGGUGCCAGUCACAAGUGCUAAACAUUCCUUCGCAGUUCUAGAACGCUAGAUCUCGACAAUGGAAGCGCCGGCCGAGAUUUGCGAAAAUUACCAGCUGAAAUGGAGUUCGCACAACACCUAUAUCCAUUCGUGCAUCUCUUCCUCUCUAGUCACCGACGACACGUUCGCCGACGUGGCCUUGGUCACCUUGGACGGCCACAAGAUCAUGGCCCAUAGAUUCGUCCUGGCGUACGCCAGCCAGUACUUGAAUAAGGCCUUGCGAUUUCAGCCCAAGGUCACCACGGCACUGCCCCUGAUGAUCGUGCUUCCGCAAAGCAUCACCUACAAGGCGCUCAAGAUACUGGUUAAGUACAUGUAUAGCGGAGAGGCUACCGUCUCGAAAGAUAUACUGAACGUUGUGCUGAAAGCGGGCGAUAUUUUAAAGAUAAAGGGGUUGUAUAGGGAGCAAACUGAUGAGGAGCAACAAAAGGCACAUAAAAACAGAGUAGGCGGUACUGGUCCGAUAUCGACUUCCGAGCCGAGCGGUCAAAAACAAAAGGAACAGAGAGCUCAGGAAGCGUUAAGCAAAAAUCCACCACCUUUGGUUGUCAGCGCUGGUUCGUCAUCUAAUCCAAAAAAGACAGACAACCAAGCCAAUAAAGCUCUACAAAGCAGAUUGCAGCAAAAGAUACAAGAAAAAGUACCGAUUUCAGCUCAAGUCACUUCAGAAAGUAACCAAAAAAAGUUAAGUGGACCUCGAGUUUUAAAUUUUUCGAUGACGAACAAUUUUAAUGGAUCCACUGAUAAGGAAAACUCAACAGGAAAAAAGACCAUCUUAUUAAAUCCCAAGAUAGCUCAACAAGUUGACAAACCGCAUACUAUAACCUCCGCAGACGCCGAAUCAGAAAAAGUAUCAAACAGUACAGUAAUGGCGAUAAAAAGAGAAAACGAAAAAACCGAUAACUUAUCUUAUUUGGUCAUUAAGGACGAACCUUUAGAAUGGACCGAAAACGAAAUGGAAAUUAUAGAGGAAAAAGAUAUUUAUCCUGACGGAUCGCCGAAAGGGGACACUUACGACUCUACAUCGAACGAAGGCUCCAAUGCGGAAAUGUAUACGCCACUGACUUGCGAAUUAUGUACUGAAACCUUCACGAUCCCUGCCGAAUGGGUUAAACACGUGCAAACACAUACGGACAUGUUGCCCGCAAAAAGACGAAGAAGAGACAGUCCAGAUGAGGACGAUUCAAAUGCCAAUUACCCCGAACUGCAAUGCGAUUUAUGCGACAAGCCUUUUCCAACCCCUGCCGAAUGGGUACGCCACAUCCAGGACACGCACACCGAAUUCGAGCUGAGCAUGUCGAACCGUCGAAAUCAGGAGAAAAAAUCGUCGGGCGUGAGAAAAUACAAACUCGUAAUGAAGUAAACCGGCCUCACCUAAAUAUAUAUUCGAUGAUUAUAUUACUUUUAAUUGAUAUUUAACAGUAAUGUAAAUUAUUAUUGGCUUCUGUUUCGGGAAUCUUGCUUUCAUUAGUUUACGUUUGGGAAAACCAGAAAUCUGGCAACUAAUUAUUUCUUUCAACCGGAUUUACACUAUUAGGUUUUUUUCAGCAAAUUUGUUCGAUGAUAAUUUGAUUGUUUAUACGAUAAUCAGUCUUCUAUUUCUUUGUUAUUACAGCAUAAAAUCGCGUUUUCACCAGUCAAGUGAAUUGAUCAAGUCACAGGAAUUGAAAUGACUGGCUCUUUGAUAUAUCUUUUACUAUG